AUGACAGUAAGAUACAGACCCAAUAUUAUCAUUACUGGUACACCAGGAUGUGGUAAGACGUCGCAUUGUGAGGCGCUUAUUUCUGGGUUAAACAACGACGAUUCCUAUUCCCAUAUUAAUGUUAGUGACUUUGCUAAAGAGAACAAGUGUUUUGAAAGCUACGAUCAAGUGUUGGACACACAUGUUGUCGAUGAAGACAAGUUGCUUGAUUUGCUUGAAGUAGAGUUGGAAAAGGGAGGAAGAAUUGUUGAUUGGCAUUGUUGUGAUGUGUUCCCUGAGCGUUUGAUUGAUUUGGUUGUAGUAUUGAGAAGUGAUAACAGUAAUCUCUUUGACAGAUUAAGUAAACGAGGAUAUAAUGAGAUCAAACUACAAGAAAACUUGGAUUGUGAGAUCAUGGAAGUCAUUUUGAACGAAGCACGUGAAGGUUACCAACCAGAGAUAGUCAUUGCCUUAGAAUCAAAUAGUGCGGAAGAUAUGGAUGAGAAUGUUGAUCGUAUAUUAGCAUGGAUAGAUAACUGGGUUAAGGAUCAUCAAGACGGAGUUACCAAUGAGCUAGAUCCUGAUUUAAAGGCAAAGUUGGAAGCAGAAAGAGAUGAGUAA